AUGUCCAACCACGACACUAGCAUCCAUUGCGCUACUGGAGUUCCUCGUCUCCUCUCAAACUCGUUGCGCCCGCCGCCAAGGAUCGCCUACAUGAACCAGAACAGCCAAGCCAGUCUCACAGGCUUGUCUCCUAUCACUGCGAAUGAACGUCGGUCAACGGACGACACUGAUCGCCAGGAGGACCUGAGCAGCGCUUUUGAUAGUGACUACACUGGCAGCCCGCACAGCCUCAGCUUGGCUGGCUCACCUGCGCGUUCCGUGCUGCCCCCUCAGUUGCCACAGGCCACGAGGCCCACGUCAACCGUCGACCCUGCGUCCAGUAUUGACCUCCCUCGGACGCCAACCAGCGCCAUCAGCUCCACCAUUCCUGCGUCUUCAUCCUUGCGAUCCUCUGUGCAGCGCAGCGGGAGUGACGAACUGGGGCAUGCUGCAACCAGUGACAAGUGGGGGUCCGUAAACCACGUCGAAUCCGGACACAUCCAUCUGUCGCCGUCCAAGACGACCGCCGAUAUGGGAUGUGACCUGUUGCCAGUUGAAGAUUCAUCCGAGUGGGAAGAUGUGGAUGUCAUCGAUACGACCGUCGAUGACCACACCUCGCCCUCGGGGACUUACGCCAUACCAACGCGUGGUGUGGUACGACGUGCGGCCCAGUGCAAGAUUGUCGACGAGUGGGGUGAGGCGAUCUCGUUUGGCGAACUGCUACCCGGCUCACCCUCGUGGCUGUGUGCUAGCAACAGUGAGAAGCCUCCCUCACGCCUCGUCGUCUUCUUUGUUGGACACUGGUGGUGUGGCCUCUGCCACGACUAUGCGCUAGGUUCUAUUGCAAAAUUGUCGCCCGCCUCGUUGAUCCGUGACGGUGUACGCGUGGUGAUCGUGUCGAGCGGCUCGUGGAAGGUCAUUGCAAAGUACCGAGCCAUGUUCCACAUUCCCUUCCCCGUUUAUGUCGACAGGGGCACGCGCCUCUACAGUUCGCUCGGUAUGGGGAAGUCCAUGCCAAACCCGUUUGCCGAGGCCAGGCUCAAACACCGCCCAAGUUACCACCAACACGCCUUUACGCGGCAGAUGGUCACCGGUAUGGUGAACGGAGUGUUCCGCCUGGGAGGCAUCCAGCUGAAGAGUCCUGGCAGCUUUACGCAGCUCGGCGGGGAGUUUGUGUUUACGACGGGUUUCCGGUGCCAAUUUGCGCACAGGAUGACAAAUCGAGCAGAUGUCCUCCAGGCUGUAGGGUUGGACGGCGUCCUCGACGCACCGGUGUGUAGUAUGCCAAGUUUAUCGGACCCCGACGAACAGGACUAG